AUGAAUUCGGUCCAGAGCAGAACUUUGCCGCCGAACCUGCGCGACGACGAGACGCUGCUGGUGGAGAACGCCAUCAGACUGGCGAUCGACUCCAUCCUGAACGUGUUGUCCGGCGUCCACGGCGCCAGGACCCAUGAGUACCAGCGGACGGUGGCGGACAGGGACAAAGAGAUCCGCCGGCUGGACCGCAGGCUGCGGGGGAUCGAACACGAGCUGCAGGUGCUCCGGCUGCAGGGAUGCACCUGCUCGGUGUUCGGAGACGAGCUGGGCCCCGGUGGGUCUCACACCUCCUCCGGUGACCGGCAGAGGGGCGAGCGGAGCGGGUUCGAACCAGGCUGCCUGGACCCUGAGAUGUCAGCGGUGCAGCAGGAGUGUGAGAUGAGCAUUUCCUUGGGUCUUUUUGCCAGACCCCUCUCACACGUCUCCUCCCAAAGUCCAGAGUCGGCUCCUCUGUCGUCCCCCAGCAGGUUGUGCCUGGAGCAGGCCUGCGCCUCCCUCUCCUCACAGACUUCAGGUGUAUCGGAGGCAGCCAGACUUCUGCCCUCAUCUCCCAGCAGCCUCGUGGUCAAAGAAGAGCCGUGUGACAUCGACGCAGUUUUAAUCAAGAUGGAAAUGAGCGAGGAGCGAUUCGGGGAGUGUCAGGAGAGCACAGGAAGUACAUGUCAGGACGAAGACGGCCUCGCUGUAAAAAAAACACCGGACGGCAGAGAGAGGGCAAACUUCAGGGAGGAACCUCAAGCCGAUGAAGAUAGAAACCAGAUCACAGAUGGAGAGCACCUGAGGAUCCAGAAGAAGGGCGUGCCGAUGUCCCAGCUGCCGGAGGAGGCUCAGAGACUGAAGCGGGCGGCGUGGAGAGCAGCGUCCAGGCGCUACUACGCCCGGAAAGUAGCCCGGCAGCAGCCAAACCCCUCGCGCUGCAACCCCUUCCCCCACAUGUCGGCCUCGCAGUAUUCACAACCUCUCUCCUUCAUGGACAAGAGUAGGACGCUCAUAUCUCACCUACCCAAAGACUCUCAGCUGACGCAGAGGGAGGCCUGGAGAGCCGCGUCCAGGAGGUACUACGCCCGCAAAACUGCCCGUCCCCAGAUGGACCACACGCAGUACGGACACUUGCUCCAGAACACGGAGCCGUCAGGAGAGACACACGACCCUGACGGAGCAGGAUCCCACAGCAACAGCGAAGGAAUCAUGUGCAGCUGACACGGCGAUGGUGUUUGAGGAGAUUCUGCAUAUUUAAAACUUUACGAGGUGUCCGAUACUGGACUGUGUGAGUGGUUGCAUUUUGCUGAUCAUGUUGAUUUGUCUCAGGUGUUAUGAUACGAUCUGCUUUAACCUCAAUCUCUAACCUGUCUACUUGCGUUUGUAACUUUUCAUAGAUGAAUUAUGCAACUAAUACUCCUGAGGACGUCACUGCGUUUAUAUAUGAUCGAUUUUAUUUUUUGUGUUAAACACCUCAUCUUCAUGACUGUAUUUCUUUGGAACACACUGCAUGUCUGUACAAAUGCAUUAAUAUAUUCUAAGGCAAUAUAAAGCCACUGUAUCAGUGCAGUGCCCCCUAGAGCGCAAGACCUGUAACUACAAUCAGCUGCCCAUGCUUAACUUAUAAACUCAACAUAUUUGUAUUAAUAACAGGUGAAGCAAUAUUAGAUUUGUUACUGUUAAAAGUUUGUAAUUUUUUUUAACAUGUUAAAUAAUAAAUAAUUUAAAUACUGCUGUGAUA